AUUAGCUCUUCCUCCAACAAGAGCGGAAACACCUCUUACUACGUUUGGUUCGCUUUUUGUAACUUGAUAAAUUCUGCAAAGGAAUAUGUUCUUCUUAAUGCAGAUAUAGCAGUCGGACAUUCAUUCGUUUGUGUACUUUUUGCGAGAGAAUAUCACGCGGAGAGGGAGUCAAAUAAGUAGACUGGACACAGUCAGGUAUAGUCAGGAUACCUGAUGAAAGUAGUGAUCAAAAUGUCUUCUAAAGAGGAGACACUCCCCCCUUCCUCUUCCUCCGCCUCGUCCUCCUCACCUCCUCCAGCCUCCUACUUCAUCGGAAAGAAGGAGGACAUUGUCCAGGCGAGGCGUGUGACUAAGAUUCUCAAUGGAGGCAGAGAUAUACUGGUUCUGUUCCACCAGGAGCAGCUUUACGCUAUGGAUCGACGCUGCUACCAUUCAGGUGGUACAUUACAGCACGGAGACAUUGAGGAGUUUAAUGGGCGGCUGUGUAUUGUGUGUCCGUGGCACAAGUACAAGAUCACACUAGCAGAAGGGGAAGGGCUUUACCAAGCUGUGGAUGAUCCUACUGCCAAACCUUUGAGAACUCAUUGGCGCUCCAAAGGGGUCAAACAGAGGAUUCACAAAGUCACUGAGGUCAACGGAAAUGUAUACGUAACUCUGAACAACUCCAGUGAGGCCAUUGAGUCCGAUGUGUACCAGGACCGAGAGACAUACGACUGACUGAGACAAGGCCCAGCCAAAAACCCAUGGCCAAGAAAUAAAACAGACACUCUAGGACUUUUUUGAGGUGAUUGAUUACUUUACAAGUACUGAAGUGCUUGCAAGACCAAGUGAGAGGUUUUGUUAUAUUUCAUUACAAAGCCUAUCAACUGUCUUCAGAAUCUGAUUUUCACAAUAAUAAUUGUCAAAAAUCUGUUACUAAGUGUGCAAGCCAAUAAGCCUGUAAGAUUUAUAUGAGCCAAUCUAGGGUAGAGAUGAAUAUCAGCAAAUAGUCCUGCAAACCACAAUUGCUUAUUUGAUGAAAAAUGUACUUUCUUGUUACUUGUUCUUCUGAGUUUGUAUCUCUAUGUGGAAAUGCACUUAUUGUACGUUGCUUUGGAUAAAAGCGUCAGCUAAAUGACAUGUAAUGUAAUCGCAGGAUGUGUGUCAUUUCAGGGCGGAUAUUUGUGCCUCAGUUGGAGAUGGACUUGGAGUUUUGUGGUGCUUAUUGUGCUCAGAAUUUACUAAAGAAAUUCAACUUAUUUGAAAAUGUGAUUUCAAAUUGACAGUGAACAUGGACUGUUGUAUGAAUCUAAUUUUAAUUUAUACAAUUUAACUAUUUUCAAUAGAAAACAUUAUUUCAUUACAUAUGAAGCCAAGUUCUUUUGAACUCAAUCCAAUUACUUUGCUGAUUUUUCAAGCACAACAUUAGAUGAGCUUCUAAAUGCUCUGGUAGGUAUUAAACAUGGUGGUCAGAAGGAGCUCCACCUCGAUCAACUACAACGUUAAAUUGCUCCUUUCCCACCAAUGUUUGGGAACUUCAAUCCAAUGAUGAGAGCUACAAUCAC